AUGUUUGUCACUGUGAUAGUGACAAGAACUUCGAAGAGUCAGGACCUGAUGGUCCCUAUCAACCUCAGGAAGCCGCCGCGCCCAACGAAGCUCACCAAAGGGCGGUCCAAACUGUGGGCUGAUUUCAAAUACCAGGGCCUGGGGGACUCGUUCAAUGCUCCUCAGUUUGGAGACAGCGUCCCCGAGGGAGGAAGCUCCGUUCAGCAGAGCCAGUUGAAAAUCAACAUUGAACGGCCAACUGCUCUGGUAGCAGGUGCCCUUGCUGGCAAGCAUCGUUUCCUGACCCGGGAAAAGGCAUCAUUUGUCGACAACUGGGCCGCGGAAGUUGAGGCCGGAGCUGUCAGGCCAAACGUCCCGGAACCUAGCGGCAUGCCUCCUCCAAACCCUGCUACAGAGCCGGCUCUGCCAAUUCUGCCACCGGGAAUCAAAAGACGCAAGGCAAUCAUCAUGGGUGCAGAAGAUGGCAUUUCUGAACCCAUCGGGCUCUCAAAGCCUUUGUUGCCCACAGAGACCUCAAGAAUUGAGCACGGCAAAAGCAUAACAAAAGAAGAUUAUACAUCCCAACGGGCCCCUCGGCUGCCUGCGAAUUUUAAUUCCUCCACUGAGGACAGUUGUCAGAGAAAGAGCCGGAGCCCUAAGCCCAUUGAACAACAAGAACUAACACAGCUCAUUGAUUUAAAUGAUACUUCGACGUCAUCAGGGCCAAAUACACAUUCAAUAUCAUACUAUCAAGUUCCUCUAGUCCCCAUAAAGGCGAGGGUUGAUUUGGCCAUGAAAGAAAAUCACUCCGAACAAGCAAAAGGGAAUGGAAAUCGCUGCAGACUGGGGGCCGCAAAGGCACCGCUGGCUGGAAACAAUCCUAGAAUCCGCGAGGCUGAGUAUCGUGUUUUCCAUCGGACUAUGGGCCAGAAGGCUGGAAACAAUUCUCGAACGGGAAAGGAUCGCAAAAACAAAGUGGAAAUCCAGGAUAACAUCCUUAAUACUUCAGUCGUCCCUUCGAUGCUCUCAAAAGCAUCAACCCCCUGUUCUUCUAAUCUUUCUAGUAAAUCCUUACAAUUAAGCGAAUGGAAGAAGGCUCGACAGGCGGACGAAGAUGAAAAACGUGCGGUUACCCUCAACGAUUUCCUUCAGCACAUUAGUCGAGUUCUAAAUGGAGUUCGAUGCUUCCCAGGAACAAUUUCGCUUGAAAUUCAGUUCGGCCUAAUACUUGCAAGUCGAUCGCUUAUCGAAGAGUGUAAGGAGGUAAUCUUCGAUACCAAGACCUGGAAUCGCCAUUUUCAACCCAAGAAUAACCUCCCAACACCUAGUACAAUAUUCACCAACAUGCUAACAACAUCUGGCGCUGACGUCGAUUUUGUUCUCGACUUACCUGAAAGCCAGGGAGAUUUCUCAUGCCGAAUGUUUUCCGAGGAAGUCGUGAGUCGUCAUGUUUGGUAUGAAUUCCACUGCACAACUAAGAACGAUGAGACUUUUGUUGUUAGUAUUGAUGAAUCUGGGAGGGCAGUUGUAAACAGACCAGAAUAUGUGUUGGGAACGGUUAAUGUCCACUGCGCAGCGCAAACCUGGGAUAUGAGGGGCGUGGUGAAGGGAACAGUUGAAUACAUUCGAGGAGAUGAAGAGAUAGACCAGGCAAUCCAAAAUCUCAUCGACCAAUUGUAUAUCGAGCCCGACCUGUCCAGAAUCGUAAUUUUCACUCGAAUCCCUGAAGGAGGUCAAUUUCAUAUCAUCAAAGUUCUCACGAAGCGUUCUACUCGCCACCGCUUUCAUAGACAUGAGACAAGGUCCUUACGCAUAAGCACUAGGAGGAAGGCUACCAUCCACGACAAAACUCCUGCCUUUUUCACUGAUCAAUGCUGCGAAUCUUUUGGUAGUUCCAACGGCCAAGAGAUGCCUCUAGGGACCCAAGAACCGCUUCUCCAGAUCACCGAAGUCCAAAAUCUUCUCUUAGCACACUCUGGUGAUGAUAACACGGUCGUACGUGCGCGAGCAAUAUCAGCUGAUAGUAUGGUAGAUGACCACAGGUUAUGGUAUGAGAUGUCCGUUAUUAACCCAGCAAUCGAAGAGAUCUUGCGCUCCAACAAAUAUCUUGAUUUCGGCGACACGAACAUUUCCUGGUCCACUUUCAAGCCCCCAGUGAAGAAUGAAAAGCGGUCUGCCAGUGAUACAAACACUGCCAAAAAGUCAGAGAUUCACCCAGCAGUAUUGAACCCCCCGGAGCUACCCAUAGCAGAAAUCAGCUCCAAGGACGUGAGCGAAUUGUUCCAAGCUGCGAAUAGAAUUGUUGAAAAGAUCGACGGUGUGGGAUGGGCCAAUUUUGGCCCCGAGGCCCAAGCAGGACUGAAAAUAGAUCAAGCUGUUUCAGCGUCCGUGGCUGCACGAUCAAUGGCUACGGCGGAGGUGCCGGAUGGUUAUUGGUAA